UCACAACCAAUUUCCAACAGUUCUUGGUUGAGAAAGAGGCCCAAGCCGUGAAAUUGUUUGAAAAGGUUCUGGAUUUGAAACUUUGUGUGCCUAAUAGAGUAAUGAUUCUGCACGUGAUAGAUGGGCUGUGCAAAUCUGGACAGGUCAUUGCAGCCCGUGACUGGCUUCAUAGAUUAGAAAGUAGUGGGUGGAGUCCCCAUGUUGAGGCUUAUAACGCACUAAUUGAUGGAUUAUGCAGGGAAGGAAAGAUGGAAGAGGUUUGGAAUGCUUUAGAAAGUAUGAGACAACAAAAUGUUUGUCCUGAUGUCUUCACUUUCACCAUAUUGAUUAAUGCAUAUUGUAAUGAAGGAAAGAUGGAAGAUGUGAACAAUGCAAAACGACUAUUUGAUUCCAUGAUAGAGAGGGGCCUUAAACCCGAUGUUGUUACCUAUAGUAGCUUAAUCAAUGGAUAUUGCAAGAAAGGGAGCCUCGAUGAAGCUUGGCUUCUUUUUCUUGAAAUUCCGAGUAAAGGUUUGAAGCAUAAUGCACAUACUUAUACUACCAUGAUACAUGCAUUAUUUAGGAAAGAUAGAUUUGUUGAGGGCUGGAAGCUUUUUGAGGAUAUGGAAGCUCAACAAGUAGAUCCCAACUUGCAUACUUAUAAUAUAUUAUUGGAUGGGCUCUGUAGGAAUGGGGAGAUUGAUGAAGCUCUUUCAUUACUCCACAAGAUUAAUGCGAAAGGAUUUACUCCUGACAUAGUGACGUAUGGCUCGCUAAUUGAUGGAUUAUGCAAAAGUGGCAAACGUGAUGUUGCAAUAGAUCUUUUGAGGGAACUUCCUUCUAAAGGUUUGCAGCCUAAUGUUUGGAUAUAUACAAUGAUCAUUGAUUCACUUUGUCGAGAAGAAUAUGUGGAGGAGGCAGAACGUUUGCUUGUAGAGAUGAAGAACCGUGGCUGUGAGCGUAAUCGUGUGGCAUACAACAUUAUCAUCCGAAGUUUGCUAAAGCAAAAUGAGCUUCACAAGGCAACAUCAUUCAUGCGCCAAAAGGGAUUAUCAGCAGAUUUUGCAACUUCUUCGCUGCCAACUGAUCAAGCGGAAGAACAAAAUGGAGAUGAUUUUUUUCUUAAAUUGAUGAAGAACCUUGCUCCCAAGAAAAUUGUAUCGUAGUUCUUUUUUCUUCAUAUACGAGGGCGAGGAUUCAUAUAGCCUUAGAGCCAGAGGCCUUUGUCUCGAAGUUGCAAGCAGCAAUGGUGCCGACGUGCAGUGGAGUUCGAUUCUCUAUGUGCUUGGUGCCCCAAGUUGUAUUUAGAUGAGCUCAACAUUUCAUUCAUGCUGCUCUCUGCAUUUCUAUGUUUCGUAACUGUUAGAAUUGGACAUAUUAAGUCGUAUGUAGUUUGUAUUUAUUUGAACAUUUUGUUGAUGGAGUAACAAUCUUGUGUUUAAAUUAUAAUUCCACCAGUUUAUUUUUAAUGAGAUAUCAC